CGGAGCAGGCGCAGUGCAAUUGGGUUUGAGCAGCGAGCGGGUUGUUCGUCGUGCGGUACGACAUGUCUGGGCCGGGUCUAGUGGCUGGCGAAGUUGCUGUAGAUGCUCUGCCCUAUUUUGACCAGGGCUAUGAGGCGCCGGGCGUCCGGGAGGCGGCCGCGGCGCUCGUGGAGGAGGAGACGCGGCGCUACCGACCCACCAAGAACUACCUGAGUUACCUGCCUGCGCCGGACUACAGCGCUUUCGAGACUGAAAUAAUGCGGAAUGAGUUUGAACGUCUAGCAGCCCGCCAGCCGAUCGAAUUGCUGAGCAUGAAAAGAUAUGAAUUGCCUGCGCCCUCUUCUGGGCAGAAGAAUGACAUCACAGCAUGGCAGGAAUGUGUUAAUAAUUCAAUGGCUCAGCUGGAACACCAAGCAGUUAGAAUUGAGAAUUUAGAGUUGAUGUCUCAGUAUGGCUGCAAUGCCUGGAAAGUAUACAAUGAGCAUUUAGUUCAUAUGAUUGAACAGGCACAAAAAGAGCUUCAAAGUCUGAGGAAGCACAUUCAGGACCUUAACUGGCAGCGGAAGAACAUGCAACUCACAGCUGGUGCCAAACUUCGGGAGAUGGAAUCUACAUGGGUGUCCUUGGUUAGUAAAAACUAUGAGAUUGAACGAACUAUUGUACAGUUGGAAAAUGAAAUUUCUCAAAUUAAGCAGCAACAUGGAGAGGCAAAUAAAGAAAACAUCCAGCAAGACUUUUAAGACUUGCCUUGGGCUUUUGCUGCCGAACACAGAAAACUGCCUGAAAUCUAUGCAUGGCUGUAGUUUUAAUUUCUCUCUUCCCCCUCCCUUCCCCCAUGUGUGUGUGUGUGUAUGUGCGCCUUUGCACACCUGUGUGUAUAAUGAUCCAGAAACCAUAUGUGUGAGUUGAUCCCUGUGCUUUAGAACAAGAAACUGAUACAAGCAGCAAAAUUGUUCCUCAAAAGAUAUGCUCAGGUCACAAUUUUUUCUGGUAUGAAUGUUGUGAGGAUUUUUUUUAAUUCUUGAAAAUAAACGUUUUAAAACUUUUGGUAAA